GAAAGGGCAUGGUGCUUAGAAAGCAUUAACGGGAACAAUACACCCGGACAAUACAACGCGACCAACUAUGCGAGGCCUUUUUACCUUUAUUCUAAUCUUGAAGUUGGAGAGAGCUCCCACGCAAUAUUGGCAGUCUGUUGGCAUGAAAACCAAAUAGGGAGGGCCUGAGUUGAACGAAAAGGAUUAAUAAAAAAAAAGGUUCCACGAUGGCCGAUGAAAAGACAUUUCGUGUGAUCAUCUGGGGUGUUCCUCGGUCAAUCUCAACAUGUCUUUUGAAGUGCCUUAGUUUCCUGCCAAAUGCACAGGCCUGGUUCGAACCGUACUGCCUCGCCUUCUUUACCGACAUUUCAUGCAAGAAGAUGGGCUUCCCCUUGCCUCGAUAUGCCAGAGAUUUCAACGCAGAGGCAUUCGCUGAGAGUAUGGCAUCUGUACUUAAAGGAUCAAAAAUGGAAAAAGAGUACGCCCCAGGGGAAACUGAUGCAUCUCUCGUGAUACGAGACAGUGUUCGGAACCAGCUAGACUCUUUACCACCGGGUAAAUCGCAUGUUAUCAAGGACAUGGCAUACGCCGUCACAGGCUUCUAUGACACGCUGCCCUGCAAGGAGUCUAACUUCAAGCAUGUCUUCCUCAUCCGCAGACCAGAAUGUAUGUUUCCAUCGUUUCGCCGAUUGCUCAUGGUACAACUCAAAAACAUGACGAUGAUGCGGGGAGAGGACCCGGGCAAUUCCUUCGAGGACGAGAACUUCGACAUGACGACCGACGUUCCGUUCAUGAUGCCUGGUUAUAUGUACAAGUGCCAAUUCGACCUGUGGAAACACGUCCGCGAGAACAUCGAUCCCAACCCAGUGAUCAUCGAUUCGGAUGAGUUAGCAAACCACCCGGCCGAGCUGCUACCUAAGCUGUGUGAGGCGACUGGCAUGCCCUAUAAUCCGAGUCUCCUUGAAUGGGAUAGUUCUCCUGACUGCUCCUUAGAUUGGCGAUGUCUCCACCCGCUCAAGAAGAAAGACGGUACACUGAGGGGUCCUUAUCAUAUGGCUCUAAACAGCACGUGUUUCAAUGCCCCAAGACCUCUGGUACCACGUGAUGAUAUGACCCCUGACAUGAUAAAAUGCGUGGAUGCAACCCAGGAUUAUUAUAAUGAAAUGGCUGCCCAUAGGAUUAAACCAAACCCAUAGACGUAACUAACUUUUUUUAGGGACCACACAUUUUAUUUCAUACUCGUAGAUGUUCAUUUUGUUAUGUGUCCUACUCAAGCUGUCGACCUGUCGAGAUGGCGAGAUAAGUUACCUCGCCAAGUCGACAUACAAAAUGUUGUAUGUCAACAUAGCGUGAUACGAUAUCUCGUCAUGUUGGCACAUUUUCAUAAAAAGUAAAUGGAGAGAACGAUUUAAUUUCAUAUCUACAUUAUCCAGCCUUUUCAUAAGUUGACUUGAGAUAAUGUAUCUCGCCAUGUUGAGGAGGCGCGAUAGCUCAGUCGGUAGAGCGGGGGAUUCGUAUUCCGGUGACCCGGGUUCGAUUCACACUUGGUGCGCUAUUGCCCUUUGGUAAGGCAUUAAUCCUCAUUACCAGGUCCUUCGGAGAGGACCUUAAGCCGUCGGUCCUCUGGUUGCUUGCUUACAAGCAUUCAUGCUUUCUUAGCAAUCAGGUAAAAAAUCCCAACCAAUCAAAAAACAAUGUCGACUGGCGUUGGCGAUGUACGAUGUACGUGUGUUUCAUUAACUAAUCCCUGUGCAGGGGUCGCGGAACGGUUUUCAAAGUGGGGGGCUGAGCCAAAAGUGGGGGGGGGGGGCUGACCAUGCAAAAAAUCACAAUCAUAUGGUCAUUUUUAUGUUUUUGUACAAGGUUUUGGAAAAAAGUGGGGGGGGGGGGCUUCAGCCCCCCCCCCCCCCCCCCCCGCUUCAGCGGCCCCUGCUGUGCGACUUAUACUCGCAGGGACUUAGCGAGUUUUCUCUCAGCGACGCCCACGUACGGCAAGCCCAAUUUUACAUUAAUUCCCUGUUUCUUGAUGUCUAGAAUUUAGAAUAAAUGUUAGGCUUGUGAUACAUCUGCGUCGCUGGAAGCCCCGUAGGUUGACGAGCGAAUACUCACUAUUGUGUGUGAACGACAGCGUCGUAGGAGCGAAGCUGGUGAUAUCAUAAAAAUGAUUGCAUAACAACGACAACAACAACGAUGAAGAUGAUGAGGAUGGUGAAUGGGAAAUAACCAAAGAAGGCGAAAUGCUAUGGGAGAAUUUGAUUAAUGAAAGGUAUGAAGGGAAAUAUUGUAUGUGGGCCCUAUAGUAAUUACUACUGCAAUUAGGCCUACUACCACUACGACUUCUGCUACUACUACUACUACUACUACUACGACUUCUACUUCUACUUCUACUUCUACUUCUACUACUACUACUACUACUACUACUACUACUACUACUACUACGACUUCUACUUCUACUACUACUACUACUACUACUACUACUACUAAUAAUAAUAAUAAUGAUAACAAUACUAGUACUACUGCCUUUCAAACUAAUGGAAAUAAAUGUUCCAUGACAUUGCUCCAGCGACAAUAAUUGCGCCGCUCUAAAUUCCAAUCGAAUGACCAACUUUAACCCAGGGUUAAACACUAUAGCCAACCUAAACCUAUCAAAAACCCUAUUGCAACCUAACCCUACAUCUUAGACGAAAUUAAAUCCGGAGAAAUUGUCGCAGGAGCAAAUGUCACCGGAAAGCAAACUUUUAAAUACCAAGAUAAAUAAAUAGUUUUGCCAAUGGAUAUAGUUAUGAUGAUGGGCCUCGUAAUGUGACAAUCGGGAUUAUACAGUUUCGAUUACUUAAAGGGUUUGAGUAUAUAAUAACUUGAACUGCUCCCGUCCUGGGCCCUAGCUAUUACAUAACAGUUUUCAUUACUGUAUGUAACUUUGGUAUCCACUGGCAACACCAUUGUGAAAAUGCUCCAUAUAUCAGAAAUCAGGAUUCCGUGGAAAAUUACCAUAUUCGUAACUGGAAUUAAUGAAAAACGAAUGUAGGCCUGUCAUCAUUAAAAAAUAAAUAUAAACAUUACGUACAAGUUACACAAAAUGAGAGUUGCGUAUAACAACAAUUGGCAUAACAUUUUUCGGCGCCUUUGAUGUAUUUACAGAUGAAUGGCGCUAUGCAAAUAAAAAUUUUCAUGAAAAUUAAAAUUAUAAUAAUAAUAGAAAACAUACGCCGUCAGCUUAAACUGUGUACCAUACCGAAAUUUCUAGCCAAUCAGGUUUCAGACCCAAAACACGUGAGUUAAGGAGACUUUAACAGAAUACUUACCUUCAUGUUUUCUGUUUAUGUGUGACAUGUGUGCAUGUGUACUGUUAAAGAGCCUAUAUCCAGUCACACCAACGGAACUAACUCCAACGACCGACUGUGUGCCAUUGGUAAUGACGUCAUUGAUUUUGUCAGUCUGGGGUCGAUUGUGAAGAUGUGACUGUAGCCAUCAGGUUAUUGUAGUCUGAAGGCACAGACCCUUGGUUUUCGCAUAGUACAUAAUUCAGUGUCUGAAGUAGUGAGACUUGAUUCACUAUGUACUGUAUCUGGACACAGACAGACAAUUUGGCGUCUAGUCUUUACGACUAGACAUAGUAUAAUUGGUUGAAGUGUCAAAUAUGAGUCUGUGCUUGCAGACUACUCAUCAGGCCUACAUGUCAAAACUGACGACAUGGAUAAUUGAAACCAGAGCUUCGUCACAAACCCCAGCGUCAGAGGGUUUACGCCUUCUUCACAUGAUAUGUAAAUACUGCAUAUUCUUUAUUUUUGCACUACAAUAAUUAAUUCAUAUGACUUUGUAUGAAAAGGUAUUGAUAAAGCAGUGGGAAGAAAAUGAAUAAAUACUUGCAAAAUUUUA